CGCUGACGUCGCCGGGUGUUUAGCGGCGCUGGAGCAACCAUGGCAGCCGGACGGUGACAGGUCGGCGGGUAAUCUCCCUCCCUGUCUCACCGUUAACCCAGCCUGAUUCCUGUGCCCACAGCUGGAUUCUCUCCCUCGGUUCAAUUCACAAACUUUGGAACUUUGUCCUUCCUUCGCGGCCGAUGUGUUGAGUCUCACUGUCCAGAAACUCUGAAGCAAGUUCCUAGAAAUUAGAUCCGGAAAAGUCUCCACAGUGUUUACCUGCUCGUGUACUUAUUUGCUGAUAUUUGAACCAGAUCAUUGUCUUCUAAUUGCAAGUGGAAGCUAAUUUUUAUUAUUAUAGGUUCUGUUACAGAAAACACUACAACAUGAGUGAAAUUAACAGUGAGACAGGAUUCUACAGUGUACAAGUUGGUGAUUCUACCUUCACUGUUCUUAAGCGUUACCAGUCAUUGAAGUCCAUAGGUUCGGGGGCUCAGGGUAUUGUCUGUGCUGCAUAUGAUAGUGUACUUGAUGGAAGUGUUGCUGUUAAGAAACUCAGUAGACCUUUCCAAAACCAAACUCAUGCAAAGAGAGCUUACAGAGAGCUUGUUCUUCUUAAGUGUGUUAAUCAUAAAAAUAUUAUUAGUUUGUUAAAUGUAUUUACACCACAGAAGUCUUUAGAAGAAUUCCAAGAUGUUUACUUGGUAAUGGAGUUGAUGGAUGCCAACUUGUGCCAAGUUAUCCAUAUGGAGCUAGACCAUGAGAGAAUGUCCUACCUUCUAUACCAGAUGUUAUGUGGUAUUAAGCACCUUCACUCAGCUGGCAUUAUCCACAGAGAUUUGAAACCCAGCAACAUAGUAGUAAAGUCAGACUGCACUCUGAAAAUCCUAGAUUUUGGACUGGCAAGAACUGCCUGUACUAAUUUUAUGAUGACCCCAUAUGUAGUGACACGAUAUUAUAGAGCACCUGAAGUUAUCCUAGGAAUGGGAUACAAGGAAAAUGUUGAUAUCUGGUCAGUGGGGUGCAUCAUGGGAGAAAUGCUGAAAGGUUCUGUGCUAUUCCAGGGCACUGAUCAUAUUGAUCAGUGGAAUAAAGUUAUUGAGCAACUAGGAACACCAUCUGCAGAAUUUAUGAAGAAAUUGCAGCCAACUGUACGAAAUUAUGUAGAAAAUAGGCCAAAGUAUCCUGGGCUUGGCUUUGAAACAUUAUUUCCAGAUUGGGUUUUCCCAGCAGAUUCUGAACGUGACAAGUUAAAAGUAAGUCAGGCCAGAGAUCUUCUAUCAAAAAUGCUGGUAAUCGAUCCUGACAAGCGAAUUUCUGUGGAUGAUGCCUUACAGCAUCCAUAUAUUUCCGUUUGGUAUGAUCCUUCUGAAGUAGAAGCACCCCCUCCACAGAUCUACGAUAAGCAAUUGGAGGAGAGAGAACACACUAUAGAGGAAUGGAAAGAACUGAUCUAUAAAGAAGUUGUGGACUGGGAGGAGAGGAAUAAAAAUGGUGUUAUUAAGGAACAGCCUUUACUUUCAGAUGCAGCAGUGAAUAGCAACAACAGCCCCUCUCAGUCUUCCUCCAUCAAUGACAUUUCAUCCAUGUCAACAGAGCAGACCUUGGCCUCCGAUACUGACAGCAGCCUGGAUGCUUCAACAGGACCACUUGAUGGCUGCAGGUGAUCAGCCUCCUGACUCCAAACAUGAGCAUUAUCAGAAAGUAGCUACUGCUGCAAUUCUCAACCUGAGUUGCUUUUAAAUUAAGGAAACCACAUAAAGAAGAUAUAUCUAUUGCAUGUACUACAAACACAAUGCCUGUCCUUUACUCGAUUGUUUAUGAUUGUCUGACUUAUGUUACUAAUGACACCUUAGGAAAAUUUGAAAAGGGAAUUUAUAAUGGAAUGUGUAUUUGUGCAAACUGCUCCCAGCUCCAAAUUCAGGUGGGCACAACUUGGAAAUAUGAAAAAUAUGUGUGAGCAAAAUUUAUAAAAUAUUUUAUGAAGAUAGGCUUUGCAGAUUUGUUUUCUUGUCCUCGUAGUUUCUCACUUUUUGUUGAAGAUUCCUUAAGUACAUUCCAAAAAUCUGUAAGAGAGAAACAGCUGACAGCACUUUUUUUAAUUUCUAAAGAUAAUUUCUCGGCACGUUCAUAUUACUGUGGGGGUAAUUUGCAGCAUUGUGGGUUUCAAAUUGUAUCUUAAAUAGAGAAUUUAAUUAUUCAUUUGUUCUCUUCUACUAAAUACUAUUAUGGUCUCCAAUUACUUCUAAAAUAACAACUGAUAGUAGCAAACAGGAAAAGUGUUUUUAUUUGUAUAAUGUUGGUAUGAGGUUUUGCGUAACUUAGCAGCAGGAUUGUCUACAAUGAGUUCUUCCUUUGCAAAUUAAUGUUUUUCAAGAUGAUCAGUUCAGGAUGAUCAGUAGAAUUAUUUAAGAUCAUAAGAAAUAGAAGCAGGAGUAAGCCAUUCCAACCAUCGAACGUGCUCUGCCCUUCAGUAAGAUUAUGGCUGAUCUGGUUGUGGCCUUAACGGCUCUUUCUUGCCUGUCCCCCAUAACCCUUGACUUCCUUAUCAAUCAAAAAUCUGUCCAACUCAGCCUUGAAUAUGUUCAAUGACCCAGC